GUACCAUUCAACCUGACAAGUGUCUCCAGUUUCAUAUUUCUCUUUCUCUCUCUCUCUCUCUCUCUCUCUCUCUCCAACACACAAGAUUCCUCAUACUCCGCGCCCCACUCACACUCAUUCUUAUGACCAUCAUCACGUGCUUUUUCUCAGUUCAUUUCUCUCUCUUCCUCAUUACAAAAUCCUCAUCCAAAACCUUAUUCUCCUGUUUCAUUUCUAUGAUCUUGUUACUAUCACACACACACCACUCUCUUCUCUGACUUUACAAACACAGUGUCUUCAUGGACACUACUACUAGAGAGAAGAACAACAAUACUCACCAAGUUUUGACACUUGGGAUGAGAAAUGCAGCAGAAAGGAACAAUUUUUACAACAACCCACUUCAUUUUUUCAGAUUAUGUUUCAGUUGCAUCUUCUGGAUCCAUUUUUUAUGGUUUCUUUUGCUUCCUGUGAAGCCCGUUUUGUGUGAAGAACGUUGGGAUGGAGUAGUUGUAACACAGUCAAACUUCUUAGCACUUCAAUCAUUCAAAGAAGAGUUGGUUGAUCCAAAAGGGUUCUUGAGAAGCUGGAAUGAUAGUGCCUAUGGAGCUUGUUCUGGAGCUUGGGUUGGCAUUAAAUGUGCUCAAGGACAAGUUAUUGUAAUCCAGCUUCCAUGGAAAGGGUUGAAGGGAAGAAUCACUGAUAGGAUUGGUCAACUUGAAGGUCUUAGAAAGCUUAGUCUUCAUAAUAACCAAAUUGGUGGUUCAAUCCCUUCAUCAUUAGGACUUCUCCUUAAUCUAAGAGGAGUUCAACUCUUUAAUAAUCGAUUAACUGGUUCGAUCCCUCCUUCAUUAGGUUCUUGUCCUUUGCUUCAAUCUUUAGACUUGAGUAAUAAUUUGCUAACAGGAACAAUCCCUUUGAGUCUUGGUAAUUCCACUAAGCUUUAUUGGCUUAACUUGAGCUACAAUUCAUUCUCUGGCCCAAUACCAACUAGCUUAACUAGUUUGAGUUCUCUCACCUUCAUAUCUCUUCAACACAAUAAUCUCUCAGGUUCUAUUCCUUCUUCUUUUGGUAACUUAAGGGAACUUAGAGAGAUUACUCUUAGUAAUAACAAGUUUAGUGGAACUUUACCAAAUGAAAUAGGAAGUCUUUCUAGACUUAAAAGAGUAGAUUUUUCUAAUAAUGCCUUGAAUGGAAGUUUACCUGUCACUCUCUCUAAUUUAUCAUCACUCACAGUGUUGAAUGUAGAGAACAACCACCUUGGCAAUCAAAUUCCAGAAGAUUUAGGCAGAUUACAUAAUCUAUCUGUGUUAGUAUUAAGUAGAAACCAAUUUAGUGGCCAUAUUCCUCAAAGUGUUGGAAAUAUUUCAAAACUUACACAGUUUGAUUUGUCGUUGAAUAAUCUUAGUGGACAAAUUCCAGUCUCCUUAGGCAAUCUUAAUAAUCUUAAUUUCUUUAAUGUUUCUCAGAAUAACCUCUCUGGUCCUGUUCCAACCUUAUUAGCACAGAAGUUUAACUCAAGUUCAUUUGUGGGAAAUAUUCAACUAUGUGGUUAUAGUCCUUCAACUCCAUGUCCCUCUCCAGCUCCUUCUGAAGGACACCCUGCUGCGCCUUCUGAAGCAUCAAAACACCGUCAUCACAAGAAACUAGGUACCAAAGACAUAAUCCUCAUAGUAGCAGCAGUGCUCCUUGUAAUCCUGCUUAUAGUCUGCUGCAUCCUGCUCUUCUGCCUGAUCCGGAAAAGAAGAACAUCAAAUGCUGAGGAUGGCCAGGCCACAGGGAGAUCUACUGCUGCUGCUACGAGGACAGGAAAAGGAGUCCCUCCUAUCGCCGGAGAAGUCGAAGCGGGUGGUGAAGCUGGAGGCAAAUUGGUUCAUUUCGAUGGACCGCUGGCUUUUACAGCAGACGAUCUCUUGUGUGCAACAGCCGAGAUAAUGGGAAAGAGCACCUAUGGAACAGUGUAUAAGGCGACAUUAGAGGACGGUAGUCAAGCCGCAGUGAAACGAUUGAGGGAAAAGAUCACCAAGAAUCAGAGAGAAUUUGAAUCCGAAGUUAGUGUUCUGGGGAGAAUUAGACACCAAAAUCUUUUAGCACUAAGAGCCUUUUACUUAGGACCUAAAGGAGAAAAGCUUCUGGUUUUUGAUUACAUGCCUAAAGGAAGUCUUUCUUCUUUCCUCCAUGCUCGAGGACCCGAAACAAAAAUCGAUUGGCCAACAAGGAUGAACAUAGCACAAGGCAUGGCUCGCGGCUUGCUUUACCUACAUUCACACGAGAACAUUAUACACGGGAACUUAACUUCAAGCAAUGUGUUGCUUGAUGAGAACACAAAUGCUAAAAUAGCAGACUUUGGUCUAUCAAGGUUGAUGACAACUGCUGCUAACUCUAACGUGAUUGCUACAGCAGGAGCAUUAGGAUACCGAGCGCCCGAGUUAUCGAAGCUUAAGAAAGCAAACACGAAAACCGAUGUAUACAGUCUUGGUGUAAUCUUGUUAGAACUACUAACAGGGAAGCCACCUGGUGAGGCAAUGAAUGGUGUGGAUUUACCUCAGUGGGUUGCCUCUAUUGUUAAAGAGGAGUGGACAAAUGAGGUUUUUGAUGUUGAGUUGAUGAGAGAUUCAUCAUCAUCAACAAAUGGGGAUGAGUUGUUGAACACUUUGAAGCUUGCUUUGCACUGUGUUGAUCCUUCUCCAUCGGCACGGCCAGAAGUUCAGAUAAUCCUUCAGCAGUUGGAAGAGAUUAGACCAUUGUUAUCAUCAGCAAUUUCUAGUGAUGAAGGAGCUAUACCUUCCAUGAGUGAAUAAAAUGCAUCAUAUGUAACAACUUUUGCAUUUUUUUGUUUCUCCUUAGUGUAGGACAGUAUUUUGUUAUUCUUUCAUUCUUAUAUUAAUUAUUUUGCUUGUUUGAGUGCUAGUGUCUGUGUACAUACUGAUGUGUUUUAAUUCAGUGAGUGUUUCCUCUUUAACACUUCAUCAUUUCAUAAUGGAAACUAGUUUUCACAUUGCUCC